GAAGAAACCCAGGAACUCACGGACCCGAGAAACUUGACUGGCAUUCGAGCUGCCCAAUCGAUAGCUCCCUAGCUCGGAAGCGGCGCUGCAGCUGGAAGGGGUGGGCGGGGCGGCGUAAACAGAGUUGAGGUUAAGACGUGAGCACGAAGCUCUGUUGUGAUUGGCUGAAGGCACUUCCGCUGAGCAUCUCGACGUGACCUGGACUCCUCUGGCGCCAAAAUGUCGCUCGUAGCCGGCGUUAUCCGGCGGCUGGACGAGACAGUGGUGAACCGCAUCGCGGCAGGGGAAGUUAUCCAGCGGCCGGCUAAUGCCAUCAAGGAGAUGAUUGAGAACUGUUUAGAUGCAAAAUCCACAAGUAUUCAAGUGGUUGUUAAAGAAGGAGGCCUGAAGUUGAUUCAGAUCCAAGACAAUGGCACUGGGAUCAGGAAAGAAGAUCUGGAUAUUGUGUGUGAGAGGUUCACUACAAGUAAACUACAGUCCUUUGAGGAUUUAUCUAAUAUUUCUACCUAUGGCUUUCGGGGUGAGGCUUUGGCCAGCAUCAGCCAUGUGGCUCAUGUUACUAUUACAACCAAAACAGCUGAUGGAAAGUGCGCCUACAGAGCAAAUUACUCAGAUGGAAAGCUGAAAGCCCCUCCUAAACCAUGUGCAGGCAAUCAGGGGACCCAGAUCACGGUGGAGGACCUUUUUUACAACAUACCCACGAGGAGGAAAGCUUUAAAAAAUCCAAGUGAAGAGUAUGGGAAGAUUUUGGAAGUUGUUGGCAGGUAUUCAAUCCACAAUUCAGGCAUUAGUUUCUCAGUUAAAAAGCAAGGUGAGACAGUAGCUGAUGUUAGAACACUGCCCAAUGCCACAACCGUGGACAACAUUCGCUCCAUCUUUGGAAAUGCUGUUAGCCGAGAAUUGAUAGAAGUUGGGUGUGAGGAUAAAAUGCUAGGCUUCAGAAUGAAUGGCUACAUAUCCAAUGCAAACUACUCGGUGAAGAAGUGCGUCUUCUUACUGUUCAUCAACCAUCGUCUGGUAGAGUCAACUUCCUUAAAAAAAGCCAUUGAAAUGGUGUAUGCAGCCUAUUUGCCCAAAAACACACACCCGUUCCUGUACCUCAGUUUGGAAAUCAGCCCCCAGAAUGUGGACGUCAACGUGCACCCCACAAAGCAUGAAGUUCACUUCCUGCACGAGGACAGCAUCCUGGAGCGAGUGCAGCAGCACAUAGAGAGCAGGCUCCUGGGCGCCAACUCCUCCAGGAUGUACUUCACCCAGACUUUACUGCCAAGUCUUGCUGGCCCCUCUGGGGAGGUGGUUAAAUCCACAACGGGUGUGGCCCCGCCAUCUGCUUCUGGAGGUGGCGACAAGGUCUAUGCCCACCAGAUGGUCCGCACAGAUUCCCGGGAGCAGAAGCUUGAUGCCUUCCUGCAGCCUGUGAGCCAGGCCCCGGCCAGUCAGCCCCAGGCCUUCGGAACAGUGGUUCCAGAGGACAGGACGGACACCUGCGGUGCCAAGCAGCAAGAUGAGGAAAUGCUUGAACUCCCAGCUCCAGCUGAAGUGGCUGCCGAGAAUCAGAGUUUGGAAGGGGAGGUGACUUCAGAAACAUCAGAGAAGAGAGGGCCCCCUUCCAGCACGGACAACCCCAGAAAGAGACAUCGGGAAGUCUCCGACGUGGAAAUGGAGGAAGAUGAGUCCCGAAAGGAAAUGACAGCCGCUUGUACCCCCCGAAGAAGAAUCAUUAACCUCACCAGUGUUCUGAGUCUCCAGGAAGAAAUUAACGAGCGAGGACAUGAGACUCUGCGGGAGAUGCUGCAUAACCACUCCUUUGUGGGCUGUGUGAAUCCGCAGUGGGCCUUGGCUCAGCACCAGACCAAGUUAUACCUGCUCAAUACCACCAAGCUUAGUGAAGAACUGUUCUACCAGAUACUCAUUUAUGAUUUUGCCAACUUUGGUGUUCUGAGGUUGUCGGAGCCAGCACCACUCUUUGACCUCGCCAUGCUCGCUUUGGAUAGUCCCGAGAGUGGCUGGACCGAGGAAGAUGGUCCCAAAGAAGGACUUGCCGAGUACAUUGUUGAGUUUCUAAAAAAGAAGACUGAGAUGCUUGCAGACUAUUUCUCUCUGGAAAUCGACGAGGAAGGGAACCUGAUUGGAUUACCCCUUCUGAUCGACAACUAUGUGCCCCCAUUAGAGGGUCUGCCGAUCUUCAUUCUUCGACUAGCCACUGAGGUGAACUGGGAUGAAGAAAAAGAAUGUUUUGAAAGCCUCAGUAAAGAAUGUGCUAUGUUUUACUCCAUCCGGAAGCAGUACAUAUCUGAGGAGUCGACCCUCUCAGGCCAGCAGAGUGAAGUGCCUGGCCCCGCUCCAAACCCCUGGAAGUGGACUGUGGAACACAUUAUCUACAAAGCCUUCCGCUCACACCUUCUGCCUCCUAAACAUUUCACAGAAGAUGGAAACAUCCUGCAGCUUGCUAACCUGCCCGACCUAUACAAAGUCUUUGAGAGGUGUUAACUAUGGUCGUUUAUGGACUCUGGGCGUGUGUUGUUCUUCCCUUGUAUCCUGAUGUUGUAGGUCUUAAGGUUGAAGACUCACAUUUGCCUUCUAACUAGUAGCUCUCCAUAUGCAUGGUGGAUUGACUAUAAAUAGUCAGAUGUGUCCUAACAUGAAUGGCUAUUUAAUUUCAUUAUACCUGAUUGUGUUGAAGAAUCCCAAAAGUACUCUGAAAGCCCCCUGGGCAUCUAAUAAAAAUUCUAAAAACUCCUCUCUAA